AUUAAAAUACAAAAAAAAAGUAAAAUAAUAGGAUAAAUUAAGAAAGAUAGGAGUGAGAGAGACCAAUGUUGGCUGAAGAAUCGGAUGGUUCAACUUCGACCUUUGAUCUUCCCGAUGAAAUCUUGCGAGUAUUACCCUCUGAUCCUUUCCAACAACUCGAUGUUGCCCGUAAGCUCACUUCCAUUGCACUCUCAGCUCGUAUCUCUUUACUUGAAGCCGAAACUUCUUCCCUUCAAUCCAAACUAGCCGAGAAAGAUCAACAAAUUGCCGAUCUUUAUGCUCAGAUCGAAGCCCUCGGUGCUUCUUUGUCUCAAACUUCGGAUAAACUCGCUAAGGCCGAUGAGGAGAAGGGGAGUUUGUUGAAAGAUAAUGCUUCGCUUACUAGUACUCUAAAGAAGCUUCAGAGAGAUGUUUCCAAGUUGGAGGUCUUUAGAAAGACGCUUAUGCAGUCACUUCAAGAGGAUGAGGAAAGUUCAGCAGGGGGUCCUCGUAUCGUUGCGAAGCCAACACCAUCGGAUGAUGAUGUAACCUUUCCGUCAGGAUCUUCUUUUAUCUGCAGCCAGUAUUCCAGUACGGGAAAUUCUUUUGCGGAGGAUCAUGAGGCAGAUGCCUCAUGUCCCGGCAUACCUCAGUUGCUAGCAUCACAAACAAGCACCCCUCGGCUAACUCCUCCAGGUUCCCCGCCAAGUGUUUCGGGUUCUGCAUCUCCAACAAGAACAUCAAUGCCAGUGUCCCCUAGGAAACAUUCGGUUUCAUUUUCUACCUCAAGAGGCAUGUUUGAUGAUAGGCCAUCAAUGUCAAGCUCUGAUUCCGGAUCACAGAUUGGACGGACUCGGGUUGAUGGAAAAGAAUUCUUCCGCCAAGCCAGGAGCCGGUUGUCUUAUGAGCAGUUCGGUGCAUUCCUCGCAAAUGUUAAAGACUUGAAUUCCCACAAGCAAACAAAAGAAUUGUUUAUGUGAAUUAUCCAGGAGACUUUGAGGAAGGCAAACGAGAUUUUUGGCCCUGAUAACAGAGAUCUUUAUGCAAUAUUCGAGGGUCUGAUUAAUCGCAACCUCCAUUGAAUCAACCGAAGCUAAACACUACCCUAGGUUUAUAAGAAUCUGUUCCACUUAGUGAUUUAUUUGACAUUAUUUGGUGUAAAUUUGCCUACUAAAGCCGUUAUUUAAUAUAUAUAACCACUGUUUGGUUGGUGAGAAAAAACAUAGAAAAGUGCAUCUCAAAGGAACAAGACAGAAAUUUAGUCUUUAACUUCUUUGUUUCAUGUUAUCUGAAAUAUUAAUGAGAAUUUGUUAAGUUCGAUUA